AUGGUCGUGACUGGACGCCAGCUGCAAUGGCUGCUCGACAGCGAUGCUGUCGAUCAGCGCACGCGCGAUCGAAUCGCAAAAUCGUACGGCCACGAACUCACUGCACCAGACAAACUCGACAAGCCUCUUCUCAUGUUAUGGGAGGAUCGCUACGCGAUACCACAGUUACUCGCAGACAAGCAGUGUCCUCACAAACCUCCGCCACCUCACGCCAUGGCCUUUCCACUCCCGCACCCGGAAAUCCUCGACGAGAUGCCGGUGCCAGCGCAAGACAACAAUCUUACGGUCGGCAAACAAGGAGUGCCAGACUUUACCAGGACCACCUUCUCUCCCCGCCCUAGCGGCGCCGAACCAGCAGCGACUGGACAAGCGUGGGAAGUCGCUGUCAUGAGCAACUUUUUGUCCAGCCCAGAGGGGUCAGGAAUGACCGAACAGCAGUAUGCUUGGACAGUCGCCCGCUACCGCCAUAACACUCAGGAGCGGGCGCAAGCCGAAGCACUCGAGCGCACACGACAACUGCAGGCGUGGUUGAACUCGCCGCAUCUAGUCGAUACCGCCGACACGACUGAACUCACAGACUGGCCGAGUCAGGACACAUCCAUCCCGCCGCGUGAGUCGAACUGCUUCAUACCACUGAGAAACGACGAACUGGCACCACUUAUAAGAGUUCCACGCUGUAACUCGCCUGAGCAAGAGCGUUUCGAUCCCAAGGACCAACUGAUGUGUCACAUCUUCGCCCUGCUCAACACGACUCUUCUCAGUCAGACCGGUUUGCCACGUGUGAAGGUUUUGCCAGCAUCUCUGUACCUCAACCCCGGCGCACACGAGCUUCUGGUCGCUUCAAGAUUCGCCACUGGUGUGACUGCGACCACGAUCGACCUCUUCCGACUUCUUGUGAUUCCCGUGCGCACUAUCGAUGUCUGGGACGUCUUGGUCAUCGAGCCGGCAGAAUCCAGAAUCACGGGUUAUGGGCACUUGAUCAAACCACUUGUGCUGUUGUACGAAGCAGCAAAGGCAUGGCUGCGCUCGCUAGGGUACGACUGUGCGGGCUGGACUGUGCGGGAAGGGAAAGGCCUGCGGGAUGGAGAUGAUUCCGGUUUGGUCAGUUGCUUCAACGCAGCAUUGUGCUGUCAGAAGCGAGAGGCAGUGCAGUUUGUGAAGAGUAGCAGAGCGAUGGACGAGCAGGUGGAAGAUAUUCGGGAAUGGUUGGCGCUGACUGUGAAGAGUGGUUCAUUCGAUAAGUGGUUGCCUCGUGUGGAGCGGAUCUCGUAG